AUGUUCCAGUUUGUGUUGACGUUAGCGUUACUAAUAGGGAAAAUUGAAAGUACAUCGUUAUCAAAGUUUUCUUCCGAUGACAACAGGAAUGAAUCAGUCCAAACUAAAACAGGAAAUGACAUCUAUGCAGCAUGCGAGACAUCGUUUGAUUGUAACAGAAAGUUGAUAUGUACCGACUUCAAAUGUCAAUGUUGCAAAGAACUUUAUUGGAACGGAACAAACUGUCUAACAAGAAAAGGACAGAGACAAUAUUGCAACUCAUCUUUAGAAUGUAUUGAAUCUCUUCUGUGUGUAGAAAACUCAUGUAUAUGUGCAGAGGAAGACUAUUGGGACGGUCACAAAUGUGUUGCAAGAAAAUUGUUGAAUAGCAGAUGUUCUCUACACUUUGAAUGUCAGCCGACACUUAGUUGUGCUCGUGGUUACUGCCAAUGUCCAUCAUCGGAUUACUGGAACGGAUCAUCGUGUGCCUUGCGAAAAAUUCAGAAUGAAACCUGUAGAUUGAUCCGUGAAUGUGGAGACACUCUCCAAUGUAAAAACAACACUUGUGUAUGUUGUGAGGAUAACUACUGGAAUGGAACAUUCUGUAUCACAAAAAAACAAAUAUACAGCCAAUGUAGUUCAAGCAUCGAAUGUGCAUUUGAUAUGUACUGCUGUCAUGGGUUUUGCCAAAUAUCUUCCUGCUUCAACGACACUGGAAUGGGGAAAAGGCUCAAUAAAUCCUGCUCAUCCACACGAGAAUGUAAAGAAACAUUAACCUGCGAAAACCGGUAUUGUCAAUGCAGCAGGACAGAACACUGGAAUGGAAUAAAAUGCGAUGGAAAUUCCAAAGGUGUCCAAUUUACAAUUGUUUUUACAGAAAAGAGUCACACACAAGAAACUAAACUAUUAUUAGCUUCGAAAAUAGAUGGAUUGUUAUCUCAGUACACAUUUUUCGAUAAUCGUAAUAAAACAACAAGAUUUACCAACACUCAGUAUUCACUCGAUCUUCCAAUUGACAAAAUUAUCAUUAACAAAGGCAUUGAGAAGGUAGGCAUGGAAGUGCAAUCCUCCGUUCCUAUUUCUCUUUAUGGGAUACAAGAUUAUGAUGAUGGCCAUACAACAGAAGCAUACAUGGUCAUUCCGAGAAAAUACUUGUCGAAAAAUUAUCUUCUUCCGUCCUUUAAGGUAUACAGCAGUAGUGCUGACAGCGCUUUAACUAUUAUUACAACAGAAGACAGUACUACAGUGACAAUUAACCUGCAAAUGGAGAAUGGACCGUUACUGUAUAAAAAUGUAGAGUACAACAAUCAUGAUGUGAUUUCUUUGGUGCUGAAUAGGUUUCAUUCCUUUAAGCUUUCCCAUUCGUCAGACCUUUCUGGAACGACCAUACAAGCUACAAAACCAAUAAGUGUGUUGACAAGCAGUAUUCACAAUCAAAUCACAGGAAACGACAAUUUGAAUGAACUUUUAGAAAUGGUCCUCCCAUUAAAUCAAAUAGAUCGUGUUUACGUUAUACCUGAAAUCGUUACCCGUCCUACCAGUACUGUUCGUGUGUAUUGCCCAAAGGAAACGACAUUGAUUAUAUAUGACGGCAGUAAUCGUCUGACAAAACAUGUAGAUGAUCGAGAUUUUAUAGAUUUUACUCACCACAAAAUAUCGUAUAUCAAUGGUAAUCAUGACUUUCUCGUGAUGAUUAUUCCCACGACCUUCCAAAAGGUACAGGUACUGUUUUCAUGAUGACGAUUCACGGUGUUAACCAGUUCAUGUCGAGUUAUGAUUUUGCAGUUCCUGCUAUUGAUGAUUUGAAAAGUCAUAUAGCCUUAAGUGUAAAGUCCAGUGGUCUCGGUGGCUUUAUACUUGAUGGUCAGGUGACUACCAUAGAUGCUGCUUAUAGUAUUUCUAACGGGACCGAUCAUUAUAGCACAUUUAGUUUACCAAUUUUGCCGGGGCUGCAUAGCAUCAGUCAUGCAGGUGGCAUACGAUUUGGUCUUUGGGUUUACGGAGAAAACACGAAACAUGACGCGUAUGGAUAUCCGGCUGGCAUAGCAUUUAAAAAGAAAAUAUAACUGUUUUUGUUUUAUGUUAUACAUUGUCAACUUCUUUUUCCAAACUUUAAUAUUUAAAACCUCCAUCACCAAAACGGGUGGGCUACAUAUUGAAAUGAACAUGUCCGUUAUCCAUUCGUCAUAUUUUGGUUUCAGGAAGAUAAUUGAGUUACUGGUUGACCUAACCUUUUUUUAAUUCAAAAACAAUGUCCAUGAUCAUUAAAAGGUCAAGGUCGAUUACCUCGAUAACUAGGAUUCCACUUGACAUAAAAAAAAAAUAUAAUUAAACUCACAAUAUUAUAUUAAGUUAUGCACUUAACAUUCAAGAGUUGAUACAUAUGACUUAAACAUUCAGUUUUGCCUUUUUAUCAUAAAAAAUCAGGAUAUUUGUAUUUCUGGAUCCGGAACACUAAAUUAUUGAUUUCAUAUUGGGUUGAUUUCUUUUUUGUUGUUGUAUCUUAAUGUUGGUUUUAUUUUGUAAGGAUA